UGCGGUACAGUAAUGAAAAUCUUGCAUCGGUUGACUGAGAACAGAAGUACCUUGAACUCAAAAUAGAUAGUUCAAUAAAUGUACAAACGUGCCCGGUAUCAUUCACGACGAGACAGAACUGAUGGAGUGAUAAAGACCACAUCCAUGGCUGUACCAUGUCUUUGCCUUCUCUGCGACACGAUGGAUAGAACCGGAUCGCUAGGACGAAGAGAAAGCAACUUUUAUACCGCACAUUACAAGCCGUUUGGUAUGACGGUCCAUGAUAUCUCAUAAAAUGAGGCUGACCUUCCUUUCAUAAUACAAGUACGCUGGCAACAAGACAGACUAGAUGUGCCAAUGGUUGAAGGUUUCAGUGAUAAUAAGAUUGUAAUGGUUUUUAUCCGACAGCACUUGGAACUUAGUGAGUCUUGAACACGUUUGUAAAGUUCCGUUUUAUGUCGAUGAGGUGCACUUCGAGUCCCCAGAGAAUAAUUUGCGCUGAAAUACGUAUUAUAUCGCCGUAGUCAUAAAGGAUACUGUGAAGUUGCGUUGUAAUAUGAUGAAGUCAAGAGAAAAUAUUCUCUUGAUGAAGUUUAUUUCUGGCCAUAAGGUACUGUAUUAACUACAGAUCAUCACUUGCUAGAUUUCAUUGUACCAAAAAUGUAAAACUUUCUGGACAUAUUGAGUACUCUGUAGCAUGUUGCACGACCACCAACAAGUUAGAAAAAAAAAAAAAGAACUCAUUAAUUGCAGUAUUCUGAUUUGAUCACAACAACGACAACGAAGAGUUCCUCUCGUGAAUUGCAGCUAUUUCUGCUGUGAAUUGCAGCAUUUUCUUGUGCUCUCAUGAUUGCGAAGUGUUGUAAUUUUUACUCUACUCCAAUAAACCUGGAAAAGUUGCACGAAGUGCAAUAUUCUAUUGUGAGCCAUCAUCAGACAAUGGAGAGUUGCACAAAAUGCGGUAUUCUACUGUGAACCAUCCACAGACCAGGAAGAGUUGCACAAAAUGCGGUAUUCUACUGUGAAUCAUCCACAGACCAAGAAGAAUUACACAUGAUGCGGUAUUCUACCGUGAACCAUCCACAGACCAGGAAGAGUUGCACAUAAUGCGGUAUUCUACUUUUUACCAUCAGCAGACCAGGAAGAGCUGCACAUAAUGCGGUACUCUACUGUGAACCAUCCACAGACCAGGAAGAGUUGCACAUAAUGCGGUAUUCUACUUUUUACCAUCAGCAGACCAGGAAGAGUUGCACAUAAUGCGGUACUCUACUUUUUACCAUCAGCAGACCAGGAAGAGUUGCACAUAAUGCGGUAUUCUACUGUGAAACAUCCACAGACCAAGAAGAGAUGCACAAAAUACGGUACCUACUGUGAACCAUCCAUAGACCAGGAAGAGUUGUAUAAAAUGCUGUAAAUUACUGUGAACCAUCCACAGAACAGAAAGAGUUGCGCAAAAUGCGGUACUCUACUAUGAACCAGGAAGGAUUGCACAUAAUGCGGUAUUCUACUUUUUACCAUCAGCAGACCAGGAAGAGCUGCACAUAAUGCGGUACUACCAUCAGCAGACCAGGAAGAGCUGCACAUAAUGCGGUACUCUACUGUAAACCAUCCAUAGACCAAGAAGAGAUGCACAAAAUGCGGUACCCUACUGUGAACCAUCCACAGAACAGAAAGAGUUGCACAAAAUGCGGUACUCUACUAUGAACCAGGAAGAGUUGCACAUAAUACGGUAUUCUACUUUUUACCAUCAAUAGACCAGGAAGAGAUGCACAUAAUGCGGUACCCUACUGUGAACCAUCCUCAGACCAGGAAGAGUUGUAUAAAAUGCUGUAAACUACUGUGAACCAUCCACAGAACAGAAAGAGUUGCACAAAAUGCGGUACUCUACUAUGAACCAGGAAGAGUUGCACAUAAUGCGGUGUUCUACUUUUUACCAUCAACAGACCAGGAAGGGUUGCACAUAAUGCGGUAUUCUACCGUGAACCAUCCACAGACCAAGAAGAGUUGCACAUAAUACGGUAUUCUACUUUUUACCAUCAAUAGACCAGGAAGAGUUUCACAUAAUGCGGUAUUCUACUGUGAACCAUCCACAGACCAGGAAGAGUUGCACAUAAUGCCGUAUUCUACUGUAAACCAUCAUCAGACCAGGAAAAGUUGCAUUCACGAGCAUUUUACGAAGAACCACCCACAGACCAGGAAAAAUGUGGAAUAUGCGUCGAUGUUUGAAGGCUUCGAGUAUUUGGAAUGAGGACGCGUACGUUACCUCGUAACUGCCUUUAGAAAGGAGAGGGUCGCGUAUAAUGAACGAUUCUCAAAAUACAUCUCGUUCUCCAACAAUGACGACAGACCGAGCUGCAAACCAGGACAGACCUCAAGCCAAGGAAAAGGACACCCAAAGAUCUCCUGCCUCAGACGAAGUUGGAGGUCGACAGUGUGGUACUCCUGAUGGAGGGCGACCUACAGAAGAUGUUAGUGAUAUUGAUAACAAAAUAAAAAACCUACAAGACAAGGAUGACAAAAAGCAGGCACAAGCAAGACAACAGCAAAACAAGAGAAAACUCCCAAGUAACAUACCAAGACAGACUAAGUCACCAGUGUAUAGUAGUCGUAUAAAGCCCCAAAACCCUGGCACUGUCUGGCCUACUAGUUACCCCCCAGCUUGGCAUUUUGGAUUUAGGGCACCACAAUUUCAUGCACCCGCCCCUAUGUAUCCUGGAUAUCAUCAGACUAACGCUUACUCUGUACAGCCUUCAAAUUCUCCUGGAUUAAGUAGUAGAAGUUCUAGUGAUAGAGGUGACAGCUUACAAGAUGGAGAGGAAAAACUCAGCAAGACUAAUUUGUAUAUACGAGGGCUUAAGGCCAACACUACAGAUGAAGACUUAGUUAGACUAUGCCACAAGUAUGGAACAAUUAUUUCAACUAAAGCUAUUCUAGACAAAGAUACUAAUUUAUGUAAAGGUUAUGGCUUUGUUGAUUUUGAAAGUCCAGCAGCUGCACAGAAAGCAGUUGCUGCCUUAGUUAAUAGAGGAAUCCAAGCACAGAUGGCAAAGCAACAAGAACAAGAUCCUACCAAUCUUUAUAUUCAGAAUCUUCCACCUCAUUAUGAUGAAGCUAUGCUGGAAAAUAUGUUUAGCAAGUAUGGCAAAGUUAUUUCUACAAGAAUACUACGGGAUAAAGACACUAACAGUAAAGGUGUUGGAUUUGCAAGAAUGGAGAGCUCAGAAAAAUGUGAAUUAGUCAUUAGAGAUUUCAACAAAAAGAGUUUACCAGGAUCUUUGCAAGAACUUGUGGUCAAGUUUGCAGAUGGAGGUCCCAAGAAAAGACAGCCAGAUCAAGCAUGGCCAAGAAGUCAGCAAGAGAGUGGUCUCCAGGUUACUGGCUAUGAUCCUGUUGUACUGCAGAAUGGUAGUAAUACUAGAGUAAUAACAUCACAUGGGGCAGCCAUUCCAAGCCAGACUGCAUAUGUACAAGGUGUACCUGUGGCUGCCUACCAGUUACCAACAGGAGGAGGAUGGGUGACGCCACAGCACUAUCUUCAGAUGCAGACUCAAAUGCCUCAUAGUCAACUUGCAGUCAGUCCAGGUACACUAGACCACAACGUAAGUGCAGUUCAUCAGUCAGCGCUUGCCAAUCAGAUGAAUCAAAUGCACAUCUCAGGCUCCCAGUAUGUUACAAGUCCUGUCCAUGGUUCAUUCCCUCAAAGCUCUUGGCAAGUCGUUCAACAUUCAGCUGGUCAGGGACAUCCCCAUCAGCAUUAUGUUGGCAUGGAGGACCCUACAAUGAUAAGCAGUGGCGUUAGUGACCCUGGGCCUCCCUUAUCACCUCAGGCCGCUGCAGGAGUACAUCAACAGAUGCAAGAACAAGCAUUAGACGAGCAACGCAUGGCAGCAUACCCAGCAGCUUAUCAACAAAGAUGGCAGUUGGAUCCCGCACCAAGGUGAAGCAGUGGCAUCCAUGAUUAUGCGACGAAUUCUGAUGUUUGCGUCUAGGUAGUUGUCAGUAAAUGUAAGUCAUGUCUAGAAUGUUUGUGUGUAGUGUGGUGUGUGUGCGCGCGAUUUGGGUCGUUUAGUGCUUUAAUCUCCUGGUCAAAGAACACAUUCUUAUUUUUUAUUUUUUAUUUCCAAGAUGAUAGCCUUUUAUACGAUAAAGAACAGAUUAUAACUAGUUUUCGAUGAUUGUGCGGGGCUAUGAAGUACAGUGUAGCUCAAUUAUUUUUAUUGUUCUUAACGCUAACCGUUUCAAGCCUUCAGAGCUUUAGAUAUAAAAGGACUACAGGCUGUUGAGCUGGUUUUUAUGAAACUAAGUACUUGAUUCAAACACAUCGUCCACGUUUGUAGACAAUUAUUAGACAAAUACAGUCUCGAUUCCCAAGGGCUAGAUUUUCUUCUCGGUAUUCAGUACCAAAUACGGACCUCUUUAAGACUGAUUCCUUCUGUUUAAUCAAGAGUAAUAUUAUUCUGGUUUGUCUCUCAUUGGUUGAGAGUGAGAAUGGAUGAUUGACCAACCAGGAGUAAGCUUUAUUCUGGUGGUUUGUCUCCCAUUGGUCGAUAGGGAGAAUGGUUGAUUGACCAAUUAGAAGUAAGGUCAAUUCUGACUUGUCUCCUAUUAAUUGAGUGUGUCAAUGAACGAUUGACAAAUCAGGACUGAGAAUGAAUGAUAACUUGUCUGUUGACAAAAGCCCUGUGUUACUGAGAAGAUAAACAAGAAAUGACAUCCCAAAGCAGCGGCUUUCAAAUGACCGUAACGUUAAGGCAGGAAGUUUAUUAUUUUAUAAAGCAGUUCACUCUCAAAUUGACUUUUGGAUCAUCUACGAAGCUGGUCGUCUUUAGAGAAUUUCCUAGUUGUCUUAACUUUCCUAGCGUUUCAAAGUAAUGGCUAUUAAAAUGAAAUCGCAGGAAUAAACCUUUUUUGACGAAUUAGAAUUGAAAUCGAUUUUUAGGAAAACACACAGCCAUUUGCUUAAAGCGCAAUAUCUUUUUCUUGAGUAAACAUUAGAUUUGAAUGUACUUAACAUCGUUUUAUUUGGAAACUAAUCUAUUCUUUCGAUACUUAAGAGCUGUCCUUAUGUCUUGAAUGCUGUCCUUAUCCAUUAGAUAAUGAACCCAGUGCUUUUUUGCGCAAGCCAUCAUCUUCAAGCUAAUCAUCUAAAAAAAAACGCAAAAAAAAAAAAAAAAAAAAAAAAAAAAAAAAAAAAAAAA